AUGGAUGCCCUGGUGUUAGAUCCGCCAAAAAAGAAACACAAAAAGAAAAAUGUUAAGAAAAAACAGACCAAAACCGCUUCAGAAAAGAUCUCGAAGCAAAACACAAAGGCUUUCACAUUCAGCGGAGGAAGGAGGUCAGUUCACAGGAGAUUUCAACACGCAAGUGAAGUUGAAGAAAAGCGACUGAGAAGGCCAAGAGUGUAUAAAGUGCCUGAGGUUCCACCACCACUAGUAGUAGUUGUUCAAGGACCUAAAAACGUGGGAAAAAGCACUAUGAUAACUUCCCUAGUGAAGCAGUAUUCCAAAAGAAACAUCACUAAUAUCAAUGGUCCAAUAACAUUGGUAUCCUCAAAAUCCCGAAGGAUAACUCUUAUUGAGUGCGGAAACUCAAUGAUUGAUAUGAUAGAUUGUUGUAAAAUAGCUGAUAUCGCAAUUCUUAUGGUGGAUGGCUCAUACGGGUACGAAAUGGAGACUUUAGAGUUCGUGAAUAUGAUGCAAGUUCACGGAUUUCCCAGAGUUAUAGGUGUGCUAACACAUCUAGACUCAUUUAAAGACAAUAAAACAAUGAGGAAAACAAAGAAAAUAUUGAAGAAGCGUUUCUGGUCAGAGUUAUACGACGGCGCAAAGAUGUUUUAUUUCACUGGAAUUCAGCACGAUCGGUACAAAAAAAAUGAAGUUUUAAACCUGGCAAGAUACAUUUCCUCCCAGAAACCACCUAGUAUAAACUGGAGGCUCUCGCAUCCAUAUACACUAAGUCUUCGCCAUGAAGUCAUAGAGAACAAAGAUGAUUUAUGUAAAGUAUAUUUCUAUGGAUAUGUUUAUGGAGGAAAACUUAAUACUACAAACGGAAUUCACAUACCAGGUGCUGGGGAUUUUACCAUCAGUUCAAUCACUAAUAUACAGGACCCAUGCGAAAUACAGUCCAAGGACCGAACUUUGAAGGACAAGAACAGAAAUAUCUACGCUCCUUACUGUGACGUUGGUUCGGUGAUGCUGGAUGAUGACGCCAUGUACAUUCAAAUGUUUAAAACCAAAGAGCACUUUACGGAGAUGCCCAAUGAAGACACUUCUCAAGUCUCUGAAGCAGUUCGAAUGGUAAGAACUUUACAAAAAAUCGAUGACUCGAAACCCAACCAAUCUGAGUUAACUGUUUUAAACGGGUAUACUGUUGACGAUGGAGUUGAAUCUGAAGGAUCUUUGAAUAAUUAUGAAUCAGAUUAUGAAAAUGAAAAGUUAUCAACUAAUGGUGAUGAUGAUUCAGAUUACGACUCUAGCUACUCAUCUGAAGACGAGUCAAAUACUGAAGAUGAUGUAUCUGAAACAUCUGAUACACCAAAUCUAGAUGAAAUAAAGAUAUACGAUGAGAUUAGUCAACGUGUUUACUUCGGGGAAAGUAGGAGCGAGAACUUACAUUUGAAGGACUUUUCAAAGGUUUCAAACAAAGAUUUAGAUGAAAGUUGGGACACUGAAAAGCUAAGAUUGCUCAGGGAGUCCAAGUUUCUAAACCUAGCUGAUAAUUCUGAUCAAGAAGACCCAGAAGACGACCAAGAGCAAUUUGAAAAUGACCCAGAAAGUGAAAAGUUUAAGAAAAUUCAAGAAGAAGAACAAAAAAAAUUAUACCAAGAGACUUUGGAUCUUGAUCACACCGGUAAUGUGGGUAAAUUUGUCAAGAUAUGCGUCACCAGAAUCCCCUUGGAAUUCCUGCAAAACGUGAACACGAAGUCCAGGCCCCUAAUUUUGGGCUCAUUACAACAUUCGGAACAGGGCUGCGGGUUCAUUCAGCUAAAGAUUAAGAGACACAGAUGGUCUCCCAAGAUUUUAAAAACCAAUGAUCCUUUGCUUUUUUCAGUAGGUUGGAGACGUUUUCAAUCUAUACCAAUAUACUGUAUGGAGGAUCGUAAUCAGACUAGGGUAAAAAUGCUCAAAUAUACGCCUUCCCAUUCAUACUGUUUGGCUAACAUUUAUGGACCAUUAUCACCCCCAAAUUUUGGAGUGUUGGCCGUUAAAAAUUGGGAUCGGAUUUCUAAUUACAGAAUAUCUGCUACCGGAACAAUAGUGGGCACUGAUCAAAACUACAAGAUAGUUAAGAAGCUUAAUUUGGUAGGUUUAACAAACGUUUACAUUAUACAGGAGGGAGAAGCUUACAAGAUUAUGAAAAAUACUUGCUUCAUCAAGAAUAUGUUCAAUUCUGAGCUGGAAGUCAUAAAAUGUAUCGGUUCAAAGAUACAGACCUCAUCUGGAAUAAGGGGUCAAAUCAAAAAGCCAAUCGAGAAAAAUGGCGCCUUUAGAGCCACUUUUGAGGAUAAGAUUUUAUUAUCGGACAUUGUGCUAUUAAAAUCAUGGGUUAACGUUGAGACUAAACGGUUUUACAACCUGAUCCUAGAUUCCGAUGGAUUUAGAAGAGUAAAGUCACUAUCCGAGCUUAAGAAAGAAGAAUUCAUCAAGCCUGAUUCAAAGUAUCAAAGGAAAGACCUUCUUAGGAGACCAAUACGACGUUUUAAUGAGAUUAAGAUACCGAAGAAAGUAAUUGAAAAGUUAUCAUUUUCAUCUAAACCAAAGGUCAUUGAACAUCUUAAAGAUGAUAUUACUAUUACAGUUGACCCAUCUGAACAUGAAAAGAGGAUAUCCAGAACUUUGCAGAAACUACACACUGUAAGGAAGGAUAGGUUGGAAAAGCGCCUAGAAUCGAUUAAACAGUACAAGAUCAAAAAGGACCUAGAUGAAGGGAGGAUCCAAGAGGCCAGGAAAACAAAAUUAAAGGAAAUUAAAAGGGCUAAGUAUGCGAAGCAAACCAAGAAGGAAAAGAUUAAACGCUCGAAACUGCUAUUAGACUGA